CUUUCUUCUCACAACUUUUCUCCUCACCCAUCACAUGUCUAAUCUCUCCCACCUUCUCCUUUCUCUUCCAUCUUUAUCUUUUUUCUUCAUCCGUCACUCACAUCUUCAAGAUGUCUUCCACAUCUUUUUCUCCAGUUUUUCCCUUCUUCCUUCUUAAAUAUUAAUUAUUUGUUUUCUUUCCUCUUCAACUUAGUCAAUUUCACCAUUCCUCUUCUUCUUCAGAUUUAAAGAAUCCACCGUUCCUGGUAAAUUUCAGGUUUGAACGGAAAAUUAAACUCCAUCUCCCGUCAAAUCUACUCAAAGGCAACUAACUUGCCUAAUAUGGAAGUAGACACAUUAAAAGAAUUAGCGGUGGUGGUGGAGGAGAUGGCGGCCGUCCAAGCAGAGGGCUCUCCGGAGGGCUCACCGGAGGGCGGCGGCAACGGCGCUGGAAAAUACGGAAGUGGAAAAUACGGCGGCGGCAACACCAAGUCUGGUGUGGUAGUAUGUAGAUCAGAUCUGUGUAAAACUCUAUUUUUGUAUUUUGUUUUAUGCUCCGUAUUAACUAAUGAAUAGCUAAUAAAUAAUCCAGCUUUAAUUGCAAAAAAAAUAAUCCAGCUUUCAUUAAAAAAACGGAAAUCUUCAACUUCUUUUAAUUAAGGGGUAUUAUGGUCACUUGCAUAAAAAUUCCGUGUCAAACAUGGUUGACAAAGUAGGACUCCUAUUUUAGCAUAAGUAUCUAUGUUCUACUCCCAUAUUGGGAAUUUUCUCUAGUAAUAUUGGUGUCAUUUUAUCUAUUAAAAAAUUGAGUUAAAACACUUAUUAAUGAGUUAGUCAUUAAUAAGUUAGUCAUUUUUUGUAUAUUAAUUAAUGACCUGAGCAAUUGGGCUUUGAAGAACCCAAAAGGCAACGAGAGACUAAACUUAGGAACGAGGAAUGGCGCAGGAUGCGAAGCGACCUUACGAUACGUAGAGUCGUAGAGACCUUAAUUUUUUUUCUUUAGCUGCUCGAUCACAUUUGAUUCCUCUCCUCCUCCACUGCAUCCUAAUCAGUACCAAAUCCGUAUUUGCAAAGGUAAAUCCUUUCUUCUUUUCUCAUUCUAUUUCAUAAUAUCACCAUAUCCAUCGAUGACCUCCUCCAGAUAGCGUGGUACGGGUUUAGUAAAAUAUUACUCCGUGCUAUCUACGAAGUAGUUGGUUUUAUACUACGAGUUUUAUACUCUCCCGUCUCAUAAAAUUCUUCACACUAACUUUUUUGGGGACGUUUCGAAAAAAAUUCUCAUUACUCUUUUUGGAAAAAAAUUUAUUGGACAGAGACAUCAGUAGUUUUUAGUGUGAAUUGUGUGAUUUUUGCAAGUUGAUUAUUGUAUUGUAUGAAGUUUAGCUAUUUUUCUUAGCUUUCUUUUUGCCAUUAAUUUAAUGGUGGACAGCAGGAACGCGGAAAAUCUCAAGCGACGAAUUGAAGAUCCAAACAAUCAAUAUACUCCCUCCGUCUCAUAAUUAAUUUCGGUUUUGACUGGGCACGGGGAUUAAGAUAGUGGAAUUUGUGUAGUGGAGAGUUGUGCAGAGGAGAGAGAAAUGUGUAAGAAUGAUUGUGAACCACAUAUUCUUUAUCAAAAAAAGAAAGAGGAAAUAAAUUUGGGACAGACCGAAAAGGAAAGAAUGAAGAUAAUUUCGGGACGGAGGGAGUAAUAUAAAUAUGAUGUCAAAAUUCACCUGGAGGAUUGAAGAUUUCUCGAAAAUUAAACAUAAAAAGAUUUACUCGGUGAUAUUUGUCGUGAAUGAGUACAAAUGGAGGUUGUGUCUUUUUCCAAAAGGAAGCCAAACAGAUCAUUUGUCUCUGUUCCUCCGUGCGGCUGAUACAUCUAGCUUACCCAAUGGGUGGAAUAUAACACCUAAAUUCAGUCUAGCUCUUAUUAACCAGAUAGACCCUACCAAAACUAUCAAGAAAGGUAUUUCCCCAUAAGUCACAAGAAUGUGAAAUUGUCACUUUUUUAUGUAUUGGUUUAGUACUCUUUAUUUCUAAAUCAUAGGCAGUAGGAAACCGACUAAUUUCCUCAUAAGUCACAAUACUUUGUGACUUUAUCUCCCUCAUUGGGUAUAAAUUUUUGAAUAUUGAAAGUAAAAUGAUUUAGAUUUGUCUAGAAAGAAACAUGAGUGGUAUUUUAUAUUUAAAUAAAAUUAACAUUGAUUUGCUCGGGAUGAAGAAAGAGCUAAUCACAAGCUCAAGAGCUUGUAUGUAUGAGUUUCUUUGAGUGCGUAUACAGUGCAUCCGGGUGUACGUACACCCGGUCCAAGUAAGAAAGACAACCCAAUCAUUAAUACAAGCCAAAAAAAAUUCAGUGGCAUUUUUGUAAUUUAAGUGAAAAAACGGAUUCCACUAAAUGAGCGAUAGUGUACUUUUAGUGAGCGUACUACCUAUUUUAUUGAGCAUUCAGAGGCUAACAAUGAUUAUCACGGUUUCUGCUGCAUAUCUUCUAAUUCAAUUUCUUUUCCUUAUUUUUUCUUUUAUAAAAACUAAUUGAAUUAUAUCUAUAAUACACUCUAUGAAUUUUCAUAUGUGAAUUUAAUGUAAUAUGAUACUUUUAAAAUAUGCAUUGAUAUAACAUUUUAAAAUGAGCAUAACACCAAUACCAAAUGAGCACGCGUAACUUAUAAAAUAUUCAUCGAUGUGAAAAUUCGUAAGGUUGCUAGGCUAACAUAAUGACAUUUUGAUUGAGAAUCAAACAUCUUCUAUUGAGAUGAAAAUCACGGUUUCUAUGAAAUGAACAUUAAUGAACUUUUAAUGAGCAUUAUACCUAUUCUGUUGAGUGAUAAAAGUCUAAUAUUGAGAAUUAUGAUCUCUGCUUCAUAAAUUCUAAUUCACUUUCUUUUUGUUAUUUUUUCUUUUAUAAAAACUUAUUAAAUUUUAUUUAUAACCAGCUGCUAUGUACUUUAAUAUGUGAAUCUAAUGUAAUAUGAUACUUUUAAAAUAUGUGUUGAUAUCACAUUUUACAAAUGAGCAUAAAUGAGUAUCAGUUGAGCAUACGUAACUUACAAAAUGAGCAUUGAUAUGAAAAUCAUAAGUUUUUUUGUUGAGCAUCAAGACAUUUUCAUUGAACAUCAAACAUCCUCUAUUGAGUAGUAGAAAUAUGCAAUUGAGUAUCAUGGUCUUGCUCUAGUAUGUAUAAUGAAUUUCUACAUAAAUCUUAUGUAAUCUGAUACUUUUGAAAUAUGCAUUGAUAUAACAUUUACAAAUGAUUAUAAAACCAGUACCAAAUGAGUAUACAGAACUUACCAAAUGAGCAAUGUUAUGAAAAUCAUAAUCUUUGUUAGCUGAGCAUCAACACAUUUUCACUAAACAUCAAACAUCUUCUAUUGAAUAUCAGAAGCAUGCAAUUGAGUACCAUGUACUUUGCUCCCAUCUGGAUCUAAUAUGAUACUUUUGAAAUAUACAUUAAUAUGACAUUUUAAAAUGAGCAUAAACCAGUAUUAGAUGAACAUACGUAACUUACGAAAUGAACAUUGAAAAAUUCAAAAGCUUGUUUGAAUUCUCUUAUUCUCUAAUGUGUCUAAACGUUCAUUUGUGCGCAUAUAUUGUAAUAACAAAUAUAGUAAUGACAAAUAUAGUGAUUUACGUUAAAAUAAAUUAUAGUCUUUUGUUCUGGAAUUAUAAAUAUAAUCGGGUUCUUUUUAUAAUAUUUAUUCAUGCAUAUUUAUUUUACAUUAUACUCAUUUCAAUAUAACAUAAAACUCAUGUUAUCAAUUGGCACAUACUGCCUCCGUCUCAAUUUGAUUUUCAAAAUUUUCUUUUUUGGUUGUCCCAAAAUGUUUUUCCACUUUCUAUUUUAGGUAUGUAAAUAAGAAUAGAGUGACAAAUUUACCCUUACUUUUACUUUUUCUCAAUUAACUUAAAGGCAUCUACUUUUAGAAAGAUGGACAAAAGUGUAAAAGGCAAGCAUCAUUUAUUGUCAUUUCUUAAUCCUUGUGCCGGUCAAAGUUUGUAAUUCAACUCGGGACGGAGGGAGUAAUAUUUAAUAAUUAAUAAAUAUUCAUCUUAAAUUAAAAAUAGAAAAAUAACAUUAAUAUCUUAAAUAUUCAUCAUAAAUUAAAAUUAAUAGAAAAAGUAGUUAAGAAAAAAACGAAAAAGAAUUAAAAAAAAGAACUACGUCGAAAGCAAAAAAAAAGGUGCUCAAGAAAAAGAACUACGGAAGAAAGGCACUAAGUAAAAAGGGCCUGCUCAUCAUGCCUACAGGACCACAUCUCCAUAAAAGUUGUCCACCAUGGCAGCAAGGCCCGUAGUCCACAUGGAAAGAAUGUAGACGGAAGCAGAAUUACAAAAAUACCUGGAUGUACCGUACACAUUAACAAAAAUCCGGGUGUACGGUAUAAUUUACCAGUUUCUUUAUUCUUAACUAAUCACACAUUAAAAACAUAGACAUGACAUGUGGUAGUAACAUGAUCAUAUUGUUUUGAACAAUCAUCUCGAGUCACUGAUCUGUAUUUAGGACUAUUCUACUAUAACUUACACAUGUGAUUCACUACAAGCGUUCAUGGACUCUAUACCCUUCCCCAAUGAAGUCCCCUUUCUAUCUUUUGUGAUAGAGGUAUUUUCCCUUCACUUUUUGGGCAUUAUAAUACAGAUAGGGAAGGUAAAUAUGAAGCUCAAAGCACUAGUAGGGGUUCCUCUUCAUUUAUCUCGCUGAGUAAGUUUCACAAUAAAAGUGAAGGGUAUCUUGUUGACGACAUUUGCCUGAUUGAGUGUGAAAUGUCUAUUAUGAGCGACGCUUCUCCAACUGCCAAGGAUAAAGUUGUAGAUUCUUCAGUCGCGCUUGAUCUUGUUCUUGAUCUUGAUCAUGAUGAAUAUGUUUAUGUUGAGGCUCAAUCGUUUCUAGAGUCACUACCCAAGAGACCUUCCAGCUGCUGGGCUCUAACAUACGAAAUGGAUUUCCUUAAAGGACCUUUACAUUCUGCAAAAGAAAUCCUUGACACACUGAUAUCACACCCUUUGGAUGUUUUAGCUGAUCCCAAAUAUGAAACUGCCAUAAUCGAGUCUCUGUCUUCUCUAACCGCCCACCUUUAUUUGUUCAGCGAUGAACGGGGCAAAGAAAUUAUGAACUUGAAAGCUACUUUCCCUGAGAUGAUUCAGAAAUGGAGAGGUAAAGGCAAGGUAAGAAGUGAGCAUCCCUGGUCUAGUUUUGAAAAGACCCAAAAUUUGCUUGAAGACUUGGUGAAAAGGGGGGAAGGAAUAAAGGCCAAGCUGGAGAAGCUAUACAAGAAAGAAAGGGAAUUUGAAGCUCAGCUCGAGGCUAUUGAGAAUUGCAGUCUAUCUCCUAAGGAGGAAAGGCAAGAAUUAUUGAACCAGAUAAAUAUAGUGUAUUCUCUUGCGGAGAAACAGGCUAGGAACUCUGAAGCAGAAGAGGUUGACCCGGCUAUCAAAAAGCUAGAGGUGACCUUGAAGUCAAAGUGGGCUUCAACCAGACUUCUCUUCUGUUGAGAAUCAUGGCAGCCCAAGGUUGUGUCUAGAUGGAGAAAUACCUUUGCCAGCAUUUUGUCUUUUAGCUGCUGUUAAGGGUUCGUUUGAGCGUACUUGUGAGUUUCAACAUAAUCAGUGAGAGUUCGAAUCAUGUUAAGACUUAUUCACAAUUUUUGUAAUUGUUUGGGUUUUAACUUCUAAAUAAGCAUAAUGGUUGUUAAUUAAAUGAACGUAAUCAGUGAGAGUUCGAAUCAUGUUGAA